CCUGGACCGGCUCAUCAUCUCUCUAUCUUUCGCUGUGUGCUGUUUGCAUCAAUCGUACGCCAUCAUGACGAUGCGCAAAACCUCACUGCAAAAAAGUGGCUAGCUACACGGAGAAAGCCCCGUACGGACGCUCUGGUGAACCGCCUUGCGCUCUAUCAUACAGACCCAGCACUCAUUGAGAGCGAUGCGCCUUCUGGCUGACACCACGACUGCACAAAUCGAUGGACACCUUACAGACAGACAGACAGCACAGAAAGAAAGUGAAUGAAACAAACAAGCGAUUUCGCCACGCACACUGCUACGGUCCUUGACCAGCCGACCGCCCCCUGAUCAUCAUGCUCGUGAAUGCUGGGCGUUCCGCAGCUGCCUGCGCCUGCAACAGCACAGCAGACACACACGAGUGAACCAACAAUCUCCCUCAUGCUUGUUGUGUGUGCUUACGAGAAGACUGGCCAUGACGAAACCGAAGACAAUGGUGCCGAGAGUGCCGAACAGUCGGUGCUGCGGGUUUGAGGCGUCCAGCGGUACUCGGUUGGCGAAGUAGAAGCGCUGGAAGGCCUCGGGGUCUUCUGGCGGCGCCGGAAGGCAGGCAUUCAUCCGCCGAUAGAUGUACCGGCGCACGACGGCGAAAGCCAGCUGCACGUGCCGCCGUGACAUCAUGCCAUGAUGCGGGGAUGGAUCAACGUGUGGUGAGAGGGGAGCCUCACAGAAAGGCG